AUACAACCAAUGUUAAGAGAAAAAAAAAAUUGGUUUUUACAAUGUAAGAUUAAAAUAUACUCUAAGGAAAUAAGAAUAAAAAAAAAAGGCCAAAAAAGCAAAAGAAUUUGGUCAUUUUGUGCCAAAUUACCAAAUUGUCUGGCAGCAUAAGGCAUCAUCCCAUCACCCGUUAUUCAGAUUCUACCCCCUCGCCUUGGUGACUUCUAUUCAACAACGAUUCAUGCGCGUCACUGUCCGUUAAAUAUAAAAACAGAAAAGAGAAGAGAAACAAUAAAAAUACUUCAAACCCACACAGAUCUGCACGCUUUUUUUCUUCUCCAACAAUUCUCGCCAAUCAAUUCUCGCCGCUCUCCAAGCUUGGCAGUCAUCGAAGAUUGUGAAGUUUGGAAAUUGAAUUGAAUGGAGGGAGUUGGGGACGAGAGUGCCUCGGCAGCAUCACCUGUCAACAAAUGGAUAUUUGACAUGUCGAGGCUCUAUCAGUAUUAUCUGGAUAAGACGACUCCUCAUUCAGUCCCAAGAUGGGUCGGAACUCUUGCUUUGUUCAUUGUUUAUGCGCUGCGGGUUUAUUAUAUUCAGGGGUUUUACAUCAUUUCAUAUGGUCUUGGGAUCUAUAUACUAAAUCUUCUGAUUGGAUUUUUAUCACCAUUGACUGACCCUGAGAUGGAGGCUUCAAGUGGGGCUUUACUGCCGACAAAGGGUUCAGAUGAAUUCAAGCCUUUCAUUCGCAGACUUCCUGAGUUUAAGUUCUGGUAUUCUUUCACAAAGGCUUUCUGCAUAGCAUUUGUCAUGACCUUCUUCUCUGCAUUUGAUGUCCCUGUCUUUUGGCCCAUACUACUUUGUUAUUGGAUCGUUCUGUUCGUCCUAACAAUGAGGCGUCAAAUUGCGCACAUGAUCAAAUACAAAUAUGUUCCCUUCAACAUUGGGAAGCAGAGGUAUGGCGGCAAGAAACCUUCUGCAAGCAGCAGUGGCCGGAAAGACUGAAGCCCUCAGCUGUCACAUAAUUAGAACAAAUAGAAAAGUGACUGAUGGGGAGUAGUAGGAAAGAUUUAGGCAUUGUGAAAAUUCAUGAAACUCAUAGUAGAAUUUUUCUUGGAAGGAUAUGCAAGUAUGGAUUUCAUUAUGCCUUCACAAAACAUACAAUUGGGUUAUGUGUGGUCUUUAAUUGUUAUACACAUUACUAUCCAGUUAAAUUUUUGAUAUUACUCCCAUUGUUAUGCAUGAUGCAGAGACAUCCCCAAUUCUGUUACAUCUUAUUCAUGGAAAUUUUCCUGCAGUCA